AUGGAGAUCCUCCGACGGACAGAGGAUCCUGUCGCAGUUGAGAUCAUCCGGCGAUGUUCUUCCCGCAGUGCCGAGGAGCCCUCUACCAUGGGCGCUGCUGCGUUUUAUCUCCCCGGCGACUGCAACAUACCGAUCGGCGGCAGCGGUGGUCUCUGCACCACUUCGGGCAGUGAACUGAGCUGUUAUUGCACUUGUCCUCCCGCUCGACAUCCCUCCUCCUGUUGCUCCAGAUCUGUUGGCGUUCAGACCGCCCUCAAUGCCACCGAAAUGAUCGCCUCAGCAGCCAUAAUUGCAGCAUCGAGGGCUGCCGAGGAGGCCCGCAUCGCCCUUGGGAUUCCUCUAGUGGAUGGAUACCACCACAGACCCAUGUCUCUCCGGGAUUCAAUGACUGUGGAUCAGCUGGCAAAGAAUGUUGGAGAACAUGUGAAGGUGGACGACGGAGACGGCGAUGACGAUGAUGAGGACGGUGAGCAAGUGGAAGGGGAUGGAGAUGGAGACGUGGACGAGGACGAGGAGGAAGAGGAAGUCCUUUUUGGAGGCCCGGCUUUCCUCACCCACUGCCAAGCCCCUACGACUGAUCCCUUGUCGGAGGUCAACCAACUCGAGUCCACCUAUGCCAACUUUCCCGACUUUCCAGAGCGUAACACCGGAUUGGGAAGUGAAUUUUCAACAAGCUCAAAACCCGAGUCAAACUCCUGUGAUACUCAGGACGGUCAUACGCCCGAGCUCUCCGAGAUCUUAGGCGGUGCGCCUCUGGAAUGGACCUACUUUGUAAGUAGUGCUGAGGUUUUCAAUCAGUCUGGUGACCGUAUUGUUACCCGAAUUUGUUACAUGCUGUCUAGAGGUUAG